AUGAGUCGACUUGAUCAAUUCUACAGAAGGUUACUGUUGACAAAGUUUUUUGUGAAGGGAUGGGGCAAUCCAGAAAACUUGAAAAGAAUUUUUGAAUUUCGUAAGGUGAUAUCGUGCAGAGAUACCUGCAGACAUCUCGUCUCACCUGAUCAUCCGGUCUACAUUGACUAUGAAGAAAAGUACAGAGAUUAUAAGCUGAUUGGUGGGCAUUUUUUAUCACCUCUAACAUUGCACAUGCCUGGCAUCAUGCCAAAAGAAACGGAAACGGCGAGGUUCCAAAUGGUGAUCCCGGUAGUCUGGAAGUCGAAAAGAAGACCAGUUUGCAUACAUCUGGCUGGAACCGGAGAUCAUUUCUUUUGGAGAAGAAGGACGCUGCUGGCACGACCUCUCCUGAAGGAAGCUGGCAUUGCUUCCAUCAUCCUCGAAAAUCCUUACUAUGGCUACAGGAAGCCGAAGCAGCAAGUGCGGUCCAGUUUGCACAAUGUAUCGGACUUGUUUGUGAUGGGAGGUGCUCUCGUACUUGAAUCAUUAGUGCUCCUGCACUGGUGCACCAAGCAGGGGUAUGGACCUCUUGGUCUCACUGGUAUCUCAAUGGGAGGACAUAUGGCUUCUUUAGCGGCUACCAACUGGCACAAGCCAAUAGUUCUGGUUCCAUGCCUGUCCUGGAGUACUGCUUCCGUAGUUUUUACUGAGGGUGUUAUGAGUGGGGCGCUACCAUGGAAAUUGCUGAAGGAACAGUUCUCCAAAGAAAUUUCACUUUAUGGGAAUGAAUUAUCUCAACUUAUUCAGAGCCCCGAGAAGAACAUGGCAUUUCGCCUUGGGAGUGAAUUUGUUAAAAAUUACCCUGAAAGUGUAAAAAACUUGGAGUCGUUGCGCAACGAAUUUUUAUCAAAAGAUGAAAGUGACGUAUCCGACUUUAAAAAUAAUAACCCUCCAUCAUCCUCCCUGUCUUCAAUUUUGCAUUUAAAAUCAUUCACCGACGUUUUAAACCUAUCAGCUAUUUUCAACUUUACGUCUCCAACGACGACGUUGUCAGCGGCAAUAAAAAACCAUUCCUCCGAUGCCAAACCCGCCUACAAGCCACCAGUCCGACCGUUUGGUGACGAGCAAACGCUCGACUUCAUGCGAGGCGUCAUGGACGAAUGCACUCAUUUAGGAAAUUUUUCUGUUCCCGUGGACACCAACUUGGUCAUCAUUGUGGUUGCUAGAGCGGACGCGUAUUAUCCGCAAUCCACAGUUUUGGGUCUGAACGAGUUGUGGCCGGGUUCAGAAAUAAGAUACAUUGACGCUGGACACAUUUCUGCAUACCUACUCAAGCAAGGAGUGUUCAGGUUUGCAAUCAGUGACGGGUUUGAAAGAUAUAAUGAGAAGUAUCCAACGACAUGA